AGGUACCCCUCUCCAAGCAAGGUUGGAAUAGAAUGCUUCAUUGCGCAGCCCUAAAUAGAUGGGGUGAGAUUGUAGAGCUACUAGUUACCAUGGAGGACCUCUUCACUCACUUGAAUAGUCCGUGCGCAGAAGCCGUUUUGCUCUACGCCGCAUGGAGUGGCCAUAAGACCCUUGUGGAUAGAAAUUUAGCUACAGGGAAGCCUGAUCCAAACGCAAAAGCCUUUGAUGGGAAGACAGCACUUGCGUACGCUGCAUGCGGAGGCUACACAGACAUUGCGAUACAACUACUCUCGAAAGAAAAUGUUGAACCUGAUGUCAAAGAUUGGUAUGGGAUGACACCACUUGCAUACGCUGCAUCUAGAGGCCACGAAAACAUUGUUAUCCAGCUACUCUCGACAGAAGGAAUCAAUGUCGAUGCAGCAGAUUCACUCGGAAUCACGCCACUCAUGCACGCUGCCACUAGCGGCCAUGCAGGUGUUGUUCACCUACUGCUGUCUACAGGAAAGGCCAAGCCUGACUUUAAAGACAUGUUUGGAUUUACGCCCUUGUCUGAAGCCGCAGUGAAUGGUCACGAAGACGUGGUACGUCGGUUACUUGCAAACCGAAGACCUGAUCUUCCCCCAGACAAUGUUGGGGGUCGAAAAGCACUUUUGGCGGCAAAGGCUUAUCAGCACGAUAGGAUUGUGAAGAUACUGGAGAACUGGUUAACACUUUCCCCUCAUUUCGAAAAAAGAUCGAAUGCACGAAUCACGUAAGAUAUAUCUGUUGUUUCUGCUUAAAUACAUGAAAAAAACCUUAUGGGGGCUGAAGGCUGCUUUCCAAACAUAUUCCUCGCGUUCAUCUUGACACAGCAGCGGACAUACAUUUUGAGAGAAAACUUGGUCACACGGAAUUUGAGAACGGAAGUUGUACUGC